GUGCUGAAGUAUUUUCUUUUUGGCACAGUUAAGAGCUCGUCUUCGAUAGAUGAACUUGAAGAGUUUGCUAUGGGUAGAGUGCAACAUACUUCCUCGGCUUCCCAAAAUGCUAGUAAAUAUAAAGAAGCUGAAGAUGUUGGAACAAAGAAAAAACAAACUAGGGUAGAUGACCUUGAUUCCUUUUUCAGCUCAGGGUCUCGUUCUAGCAGUGUACCAAAAUCUCGGGCAACAACUGAAACUUUUAGCAAGCCAGCAUUUAACGCUACAAAGAAGACAUCUAGUGGGGUUCCAUCUGGCGUAAAGAAGCCUGUUCCUCCAGCAAAUUUGGUGGAUGAUUUUUCUUCACUUUUUGGAGCGGAUCCUUUAUUUGGAGAAUUUGAGGAUAUUCCGGGGGAAAGCGAAGAAAGACGAAAAGCUAGAUGGGAUCGUGAACGGAGAACAAAGAACCGUGUGGUAUGCUUAUGUUUUGGUUUUUCUUUGAUUCUCCUUGAUCAACCUUAUGUUUGUUAUCUGAGCAACAUACAUAUGAUAUGUCUUCUGAGUUGUUAUAUAUAUGAAUAUUAAAUCCAGACCUGUGGGAGAGACUUAUCUGUAAAUUUUUCU